AUGGAGGAGGCCAGAGCCUUGCUCGACCAGCUCAUGGGCCGCGAUAGAAACGUCUCUGCAGCGGAGAAAGUUAAAAGCGAGGAGAAGAAGAUCAACUGGAUGACCCAAACACGAUACUGUCAUUACUUUCUAGUGGAUUUCUGUCCUCAUGAUCUCUUCGUUAACACGAAAGCUGAUAUGGGAGUGUGCGAUAAGGAACAUUGCGAAUACACCAAGUCGCGCUUUGAGAAAUGGGAGGAUUGUGCGGAAAAGAGGGCAGUGCUCGACAAAUACUCUCGCGAGUUACUGAGCUUCUUGGAGUACUUGGAGACGCAGUUAGCACAUAAGAUUCGGAGAGGUAAGGCUCGAGUCAGCGCCGAGAUACCGGAUAUAGAGAUACCACCACAGAAUAAGGAGCAAAUAGACGAAUUAAAGGGUCGUAUACAUGGUAUAGUGAAGGAGGCCGAGGAGCUCGCCGAGAAAGGGCGAAUCGCGGAUUCUGAGAAAAAGAUGGGACAAGCUGAGCCGCUGAACUCGAAGAUCCGCGAGCUUAGUGGUGAGAAGUAUAUGAUGAUGACUCGAACUGAAUUCGUUUGUGAUGUCUGCGGUGUACUCGUAACACUCAAUGAGAACGACCCCAAGGCUAACGUGGAGAAUCACGAACAUGCACGUUUGUAUCUUACAAACUUCUUUUCAGAGGGAAGCAGCACCAAGGGUGGGCUAAGAUCCGCGAGACUAUAUCGAUUCUUCGAGAAAAGUUCUUGUCAAGUGGUCCCAUACCAUCUUCUUCUCCUUCGUUUUUGCCACCGAAAGAGGCAACAACAGCAGAUGGAU